UUCUUACUCUCACAUCUUUACUAACUUUUAUGUUUCAUCACUGACAUGGAAGAACACUUGGAAUAACUUAAUACUUACUCAGUGGCCUCGUGGUUAGAGUGUCCGCCCUGAGAUUGGUAGGUUGUGAGUUCAAAUCCCGGUCUAAUCAUACCUAAGACUCUUUGCGCAAUUACACAGUAUUUUAGACAUCUGUGUUGCUGAAUCUUUUGCAAUUUGUUCAAUUAAUAAUGGAGAAGUCAAAGUAGAUAGAUGGAGGUAGGAAGCUUUUAGCCUUUAGCAAUACAAACACACGGUGUUUCCUUGUUUAUAAUUCCCGGAGGUGAAGCUUUACUAUGGAUCAGAGCGGUCAAGCAAACAUGGAUCCCGACUACAUGUCAACCGGCAGUUUUCGGUGAGAAAAUUGUGGAAAUAAGUUGUCUCUUACCGGAGAUCAGCGGAGCCAGCGUCCUGCAGCUGCCGUGACUUCUCUCAGAGACUCUGGCGUCAAAACAACCGAGGCCACACCCCUCCGACUUUCAGAUUUGGAUUCCCUGCGUCUCUCUCAUCAGCGUCAAGGGUUGAUUUCGAUGUGAGUGUUUGAAGUAGCACGUCAUUCAAGGUAACAGCCAAGUGGUUUAUCCAAUCACAUACAAUUUUUUUUUUACAUCUGCUAUUGAGAACUCCCCGAUCAAUGUGUGGAGCUCAGCGAACUACAAGGAUCGUCCAGCCCAAAGCUGACAGCCACUUGGGCACUGCUUCGUGUUCCAACAUAUACCACAUGGGACGUCUGUGAAGAACAUCUUCUUAAGCAGCAGAAGUGGACCUUCAGGAUGGAGCAGGAAAAAACACAGCCCCCUGCUAUUACUCAAGAAGAGGAGGAGCCACAUCCCACCCACAUUAAAGAGGAAGAUGAGGAGCUAUUGCCGCACCUUUUUAAGGAGGAGGAGGAGGAAGAGGGGGAACACAACAUCAGUCAUAAUGGAGAUCAUCUUGAAGGACUGGAGGAGGUUGAUGUCCCCAAGAUGCCAUUGACUGUUGUCAUUGUGAAGAGUGAAAAUGAUGAGGUCAAAAGUGAAAGUGAGGAGAAGAGAGAGGCGCAGCCUCCAAGCAGCAGCUCAAUUCAACACAUGACAACAGAAGCUGAUGGCGACUACUGUGGAAGAUCACGAGCAGACAAGCUCUUAGCUCCACUAUCGGAUAGUGAUGACACAACGUCACAUUCUCCUCACACUGAUGAUAAAAUCUCUGAAGGGGGUACGACAUGUCACACUGAUAACACGCGCUUUGAAUGUUCUUACUGUCGCAAAACGUAUAAUCAUCGUCGUAAUUUAAAAACACACAUGAGAAUACACACUGGUGAGAAACUUUUUUCCUGUUUAAGCUGUGGUAAAAGAUUUACACAAAGUAAUCAUUUGGAAAUACACAUGAGAACACACACUGGGGAAAAACCUUUUAUCUGUUCAGUCUGUGCUAAAAGCUUUACACGCAGUAUUAAUUUGAAAACACACAUGACAACACACACGGGUGAAAAACCUUUUAUCUGUUCAAUCUGUAGUAAAGGUUUCGUUCGAAAUACUGUUUUGAAAACACACAUGAGAAUACACACUGGAGAAAAACCUUUUAUUUGCAAAAUUUGUGCUAAAGGUUUUACACAAAAUAUUGAUUUGAAAGGACACAUUAGAACGCACACUGGCGAAAAACCUUUUGUCUGUUCAGUCUGUAGUAAAGGUUUUACAAAAAACACAAAAUUGAAAACACACAUGACAACACAUACUGGUGAAAAACCUUUUGUCUGUUCAAUCUGUGGUAAAGGUUUUGCAGGAAAUUGGGUUUUGAAAAUACACACGAAAACACACAGUGGAGAAAAACAGUUUAUCUGUUCAAUCUGUGGUAAAGGUUUCACACAAAAAAGUGACUUGAAAGUACACAUGACAAUACACACAGGUAAAAAACCUCUUUCAUGUUCAAUCUGUGCCAAAGGUUUUGUACGGAAAGGUCCGUUAAAAAUACACAUGAAAAUACACACCAGUGAAUAGGGAUGGGAAUCAAAAACCUGUUCAUGUUCAGAACCAGUUCCCAGUGUAUCAAUUCCUUGGAAUCACUUGCCAUCGAUUUUCGGGGUGGGGAUGACCUCAUCACGGGAAGUCCGUACGGCGUUGUGACGUCAGGCCUCAAGAUGGUGAUGACUGCUUGGAACAAACACUAACAGUUUCCAAUAAAAUGUUGUAACAGCGCUACUUGUAAUAAUUAUAAGGUUGCUAUUUCACCAAGAAAGCGAGUGAGCGAUCAUGCCCCUUUUCCCAGCUACGAGAUAAAGACGUUUGCAACCUCAUGGGAGAUCAAGCUCACACUUUACAUCCUCUGUUUUCCAUCUUCUAAUGGAAUGGCUGACGGAGCCAUAAAGACUGUCACACAUGCACUGAAAAAAGCAGUGCAAACCGGCACUGACCCACAUCUGUUGCUGUUAUCGCUGAGGGACACACCCGUGACUGGACCGAGCAUGACUGACAGUCGAUGCCACAGCAGAAUACAAAACCUGCAGCACCAACAGACACAACACUUCCAUCAUCGAGCAGAGUCUCUACCAGUGUUAACCGGAGGUCAGGGACGAAACUAAGGAAGAACGGGGACAUAUGAGGAAGAUACAUACAAGUUUGUUCAGUGAUGCCAGCCAGGAUGAACCUAGUGGACUUUAAGGUACACACUUCACAGACACCUGAGUCAGUUGACCCAUCUGAAAAGGACUUUCCAAUAAACAUUACUCCUCUUGUGAGUAUGGAAUGUAUGCCUGACAACCACAUGAGAAGUGGCAGAGAGAUCAGACUCCCUGCCAGGUUUAGGGACUAUUUUCCUUGACUUAUUAUGUUCUUGAUCCAUGUGUCUCAAGCGUUUGCGGCUCCGUAUAAAAUAGUGUUGUCCUGAUUGAUACCAAUAUUAUUUUGAUACUUUUCGGUAAUUUUCUAAAUAAAGGGGACUAAAAAUAAUUGCAUUGAUGGCUUUAUUUUAACAAAAAAAAAUCUUAGGGUACAUUAAACAUAUGUUUGUUAUUGCAAUUUAGUCCUUAAAUAAAAUGGUGAACAUACAAGACGACUUGUCUUUUAUCAGUAAGUAAGCAAACAAAGGCUCCUAAUUUAGCUGCUGACAUAUGCGGUAACAUAUUGUGUCAUUUUCCAUUCUAUUAUUUGGUCAAAAUUAUUAAAGAAGAGUGGUAGAAAAUGAAUUAUUAAUCUACUUGUUUAUUUACUGUUAAUAUCUAUUUAUUUUCUCUUUUAACAUGUUCUAUCUACACGUCUGUUAAAAUGUCAUAAUCACUUAUU